AUGUCCAUCAAGGCAGCCAUCCUCGGGGCGAUGAUUAUGGCCCCAAUGCAGUCCCUGUUCACUCAGAUGGCCGGAACGGUGGACUUCAUGGAAGUGGCAUGCUCAGCCACGAGUGCACUCAGCACUGAGAUGGAAGCAAAUGGCUACUCGAUCCAGAGAGUGAACUAUCUGGAGGGCUUCGACCUUGACAAGAAGUCUGGCACAGAGAAGCUGACCACCAGCAUGAAACAACUGAAGCCCAAGAUGACAUGGGAACAAGCAAACUUCGAAAAGCGGCAGCAGCGUGAUCUCAAGCGCGCUGAUGAGGCAAGUUCCUACUACCCCACAGCCAUGGUGAAAGCGGCUGUGAAGGCCAUCAUCGGCACAUGGACGGCCUAUGAAGACAAGGCCAAUGUCUCCCUUUCCAAGGACGUGCAAGUCCAUCUCCUGGGAGUUGAUGAAGAUGAAUCCCAACAAAGCUGGGAAGGUCAAGCAAGACGAGAUGAGCCUUCCAUCCUGGCCCUGACGAGACAGUGCUAUCCUGAAGAAAGGUCAUCCCUCCAUGGCAAACUUGCAGCAGCCCGCAACGCCCCUCCUUGGGCAGUGGCCUUAGCAGGUGAACUCCGGUGCAGUGAAUGCAUCGAAGCAAAGAAGCCCCGGCCAGCUCCGCCUGCAAGCACAGGUGAACUUCCAGCUCUGUUCGAGCAAGUCGGGACGGACGUUUUUGAAGUGGAGUUCAACCACCAUGAAUCCCAAGAAGCUCAAAAGGCCAAGUUCAUUCUGUGGCGGGACAGAGCAAGCGGCCUGGCCCAAGUCGACCUGGCAAGUUCGCAAUUGGGAGUGAUCGACUUCAUGGGCCGAAGCGGCAUUGGGCUGAUGAAUACCCCUGCAGAAGCACACUGGUUGCUUGGAGCUGAAGAAGGCUGCAUUGGCCUCCUGAAGGCCACAUUGUCUCGCUUGAAGAAAGAGACACCAGCCCUCGAUAUUGAGGCUCAACUGACCGGCAAGAGGAAGACGCACAUGAAGGCCCUCAUCGAAGGAUCCUCCCAAGUCCUGAUUGAAGAUGACUAUAAAGAGUCAGAGGAUCCCCACCGAUUGCUCCAAGAACGGUGGACAGGGGAAACUUGGUUUGAGAUUUCAUCUGCUCAAGCAAGCAGUGGCCCGCAGAAGAGGGCACCAAAAUUAGGUGCAAGCAAAGCCGUGAAGAAGAAGGCCAAGGCCACACCUCUCGAGGGAGAGGACACGGCAGCUAAUGAGACAACAGGAUCGGGAGCAGUCAUCCCCAUGCCUGAUGAAAGCCUGCAAGAGGCUCUUCGUGAACGUGGUCCGGAUGCAGUUGAUGGCAUCCCUGGCAAUCCAGUAAGCGGACCUGCAGACCAUUCUGGAAACCAUUGUAAAGUCCAGAACUGCCAGCUCCCCGGAGGUUUCUUCGUCAAGUUCGAGCUCUUCCUCGAGCUCAUCCUCUUCAGAAGAAGAAAUGGUGACGAGGUGGCACCGAAUGUGCACUUCUUGGGCCACUACGGUGUGGCCUCUGUGGUGGGCCUCAAGGUCCUAAGCCGUGCCGCCCAGCUGGCCAAAGAGCAGAAGCUGCCUGUGUUGCCUGUAUACUUUUUGGAUCCUCGUCAGUUCCAGUCCACCAAGUUUGGCACGCUGAAAACGGGUGCCUUCCGUGCUCUCUUCCUCCUGCAAUCGGUGCGGGUCUUGAAGCGGCGGCUGCGAGCAAUAGGCUCUGACCUCUUGAUACAGGUUGGAAAGCCGGAGGAGCUUUUGCCCAAACUCCUUGCUGAGAAGUCCAUUGUACUGACACAGGAAGAGGUGACCUCUGAAGAGCUCAGGGUGGAUGAUGCGUUGCGGCAAGCGCUACAGCAAAAGGGCUGUGAGGCCUUUGAGUACUGUUGGGGCAGUACCCUCUUUCACAAGGAUGACUUGCCCUACCAGAAGGACUUGAGGGACGCUCCGGAUGUUUUUACGACCUUCAAGAACCAGGUGGAGCCUGAAAUGGCUGCAAGAGUCAACGAGGUUCCAGAGACCUUUCGUGGUGGCCGAAAAAGCCGCAGCUCCAUGGGAGUCAGGCCCUGUUUGCCGGAACUGACAGCUGGCAGCCUACCGUUCCCUGAAACCGGAGCGGCCCUGGACUUUGAGCUGGUCUUUGAACCGGAGUGGAAGGACUUGCCGUACCCAGCACCUGUUGAUGAACCCGUUCUGCCUGAGACGGCUGCCAUGCACUUCGAAGGUGGUGAGGAGGCUGCUCUUGCGAGGCUUCAGUAUUACUUGUUUGAGACAAACGCAGUCGCCAAGUACUUUGACACGCGCAACGGCAUGCUGGGUCCAGACUACUCCACGAAAUUGGCUCCGUGGUUAGCAUUCGGUUGCUUGUCCCCGCGAAAGAUCUUCGAGCAGAUCCGCGAAUAUGAGAAGGAGAUUGUGGCAAACAAGUCCACGUAUUGGGUGCUUUUUGAGCUGAUGUGGCGCGACUUCUACCGCUUCUUUGCCGCAAAGCACGGCAAUCAAAUCUUCAAGUUGCAUGGCAUCUCUGGAAAAGGAGAUUGGAAGCCAGAUCAAGAACUCUUCCGGCUUUGGGCUGAAGGAAAAACCGGAUACCCUCUGGUGGAUGCGAACAUGCGAGAGCUUAGUGCCACUGGCUUCAUGUCCAACCGAGGGCGUCAGAACGUGGCCUCGUUCCUGGCGCUGGAUAUGAAAUUGGAUUGGCGCCAGGGUGCUGAUUGGUUUGAAAGCUUUCUCGUGGAUUAUGACGUGGCCUCCAACUGGGGCAAUUGGGUUCAUGCUGCAGGGCUCACUACGGGCCGAUUGAACCGUUUCAAUGUUGUCCGCCAGUCGAAGAUGUACGACAAGGAUGGCGCCUACUUGAGACAUUGGCUCCCCGAGCUCCGAAGGGUGCCAGUGCGCUUCAUCCAUGAGCCGUGGACCAUGUCGCCAGAUGAGAAGGUGAAAUUUGGUGCUGAGAGCAACUGGGCAACGGUUUGUCGCGCAAUGAACGCACGGCCGGCACGACAUCCACACAAUCCGAUUGCGGAAGCCAAUGUGGCCUUUCUCUCUGGUCGCCUAAAGGCGGAGCUCUUUGAUGAGCCAGAUGAGGAGCUGGAGGCUGCAGAAGGCGCCGCAGCUCCAGAUGAGAUAAAGUCCAAGUAUGCCGCCCAGGAGGGUGACCGCGGGCUCUUCGCCGGUGCCCCCAUGCCACUGAAUGAGGAAGCCAGGGUCUCCUCUGCGCCAACGGGUCCGUCUUGGGAAGAGCUCAAGGCCAAGGAGAAGAAGAAAGAGUUUAUGCAAUCACAGCUGUUCAUCGAUGGUUGCUACACUCCCCUGGCCAUUGACCGGCUCUGUGAAGAGAUCGCGGACAGUGGAGGUGUAGAUCUACUCUUGACUUCAGAAUGGCCAAAGGGCGUGAUGACCACCUUAAAGGAAGCCUGGCCAGAAGAGGCAGACGUCAGAAAGCUUGCAAAAGGCGCUGCUCGGCAGUGCUCCAGCCCAGCAGUGGCGGAGCUGGCCGUGGCCGCCGAGCCGAAGUACCACGCGGUUGGCCUGGGUGGAGUCUUCUGGCGGCGUCAGCCUUGGCGCCACGAGCGUCGUGGUGAGGUUGAAGCCUCGACUGGGGUGCUGAAGUGUGGCGUUUGCCGCAUGAUUACACUAGGUGCUGUGGAUGGUAGCAGACCGGGUGUCAAAGAUAUGCCCACUGCGAAGUACAGUUACAAGAAGCCGGAGGACGAGGCGCCUCCGAAACCUCAGAAGUGGCUCCAUGGCUUGGAGUUGGACCCCAAGGCCAUGCCGCAAGAUGCGGACGAUGCCACAGCCAAUCCAUGGACAAAGAAAGAAGUGGCCAGUGAUCCCAACUUGCCGCCCGAGCGACCUGACUUCUCUGGGAUGGACAAGGAAGAGAAGCGGCGAUGGAUGCAUCGCUUUGGGAUCAAGCCGGACGAGAUGCUGUCAGCCUCAGACAAGCUGCAGAAGGAGAGUGAACCGAAGCAGAAGAAGGAGAAGCACAAGUCCUUGUACAAGGUUAGUGAGAAGGAGAAGAAGAGAAGGAAAACUGGCUCUGACAGUCACUUACCCUUCAGCGCUCGUGAGCGCAUGCAAGCGGGGCGUGGAUAG